AUGCAGCAAGAAGCAGAGAGAUUCAGAGUUCGAGCCAGAAGACCUGACAUGGCACUCUAUGUACCUAAAGCUCGAAGGGGCGCGGUACUCCUUAAGACAAGUGAUGAGGACAAAAGCUGUGGUUCACCUAACUCUGUGGUGAAAGAAGAACAAAAAGAAGGCUGUCUCUCCCGAAAGGAAAUCUUUAGAGACAAAUCUGAGGCUCAAAGACUAAGUAUUAGUCCUGAUAGAAACGAACAUAAUUAUAGGGAAGGAAAGAAGUCUUCAGCAAAAUUAAGAAAAGACAUACGCCUUCAAAAAAGAAAUAAAGAUAGAGUUUGUACUAAGAGGGAAACUACUGAAUCCAAAGAAUUAUUAUCCCAAAGACAUCAGCAAAGAGCCCCAAAUACUGGGAUUAUACCUAAUGCACCUUUACAGAGACAUUUUAAACCAAAGAAGCUAGAGUGUUUGGAGGUUGAAACCACAGAUGUGACAGGGCAUGAGGGGAUGCUUCUAUCGCAGUCUUGUUCAGAAAUUAGUGAGGCUCAGGUUCUAAGCAAACCAUUUCAAAAUGUGGAAUUCUGUGAUUUCAAUAGGCACGAACUAAGUGGGGAAACAUUUGAAGCCAGGGAUUUGGAACACAGAAUUGAAACUGAUGCCAAGGUUGUAGAGAUACUGUCCCAGUCUCCUAGAGUUUUUAAUUCUGUAUUGAAACCAGAGGAUAUGACUGCAACAAUAAAACUAAGCUCUGAUUCUGGAAUUGUACAACAAGGCAUACAAACAUCAGAUGGAAUGUUGAAACUCAGCAGUGGAGGCAUCACUGCUCUUUCUGAAAGUCUGGAUGGUGUCAUUGAUCAAACUUGUGUAGACUUUGAAGCUGAGAAUGUAGGUGAUAUAGCCAGUAGUACAGGUUUCAUCUUGGAUCAGAAAGAUACAGAUUCCAUUCCUGAGACUAUGGGUCAUAUCUCUCAUAAAAUGUCUAUAGUCAGCAAAUUAGAGAGCACAAAUGGCAUUGUUGAUCCAAUAAUGUUUAAAGAGUAUGAGAAGAAUGACAGCGUUGCUGAUGAGUUCUGUGUAAAGUAUGAACCUUCCGAUAGAGCUAUCCUUGCUCAUGAAACAGAUACAGAGAAUGGAUUUAAGAGUGUAGGUGACAUUACCAAUAAAGCAUGUAUGAUGGACAUUACAGAUGCCAUAUGUGAUCAUAUAGCUGUUGGCAGCCCUCAUGUAGUUGCAGUUAGAAUAGCUGAUGAGACCGGUAACGAUACAAGUAGUUUCUCAAAAUAUAUAGGAAUGAGUGCAGAUGCAGCCCCGCUUCAUAUAGCUAGAAGUGGGAAUGACACUGAAAAUUUCAGCAAUUUGACUUCUUGCUCAGAUAUUUAUGCUGAGAGUAUUUCAUCUUGUUGUACAGAGUCAACAGGAGAGUUGACAGAGAGCCUGUCAGAUUGUGCUUCUUCCUUACCUAUAAAGAAGAUUGUUGGUGGUAAUUGUAACACUGUUUUGGACUCUGAACUCAAUAUGUUAAAUGGGACAAAAGUACUUUCAGACAUGGCCUUGGGCAAUGAUCUGGAUAGUACUGGUGAUAUAACAGAGGACUUACAUGAACUAAGAACUGCUGAAGAGUUCAAAACAAAAGAGCAGGAUGACUCAGAGAAUAUAGAAUUUGGUGUAUCCUUUCCUGAUAGAGAAUCAUUAUCUAUGCAAACAUCCAUGGAACCAAAAAUGACCAAAACUUCUCAUGUGGAGGACAGUACUACUACUGAGGAGAGCUGGGAGUCUAUGUUUAAUGAUGAUGGUGACUGCCUGGAUCCACGUCUUCUACAAGAGUUUUCAGGGAAUAUAAAGAACAGAGAAAACAUCCAGGAACCUAGAUUUGAUUAUUACAACCAGGACGUCCCUGAUAUUGACCUCAGUGACUGUGAAUUUCCACAUGUCAUUGAAAUUUAUGACUUCCCGCAAGAAUUUCGUACUGAAGACCUUCUGCGAGUUUUCUGCAGUUAUCAAAAGAAAGGAUUUGAUAUUAAAUGGGUGGAUGAUACACAUGCACUAGGAGUAUUUUCCAGUCCAAUUACAGCUCGUGAUGCGCUAGGUAUUAAACAUACCAUGGUGAAGAUCCGGCCCUUGUCGCAGGCCACAAGAGCAGCCAAGGCCAAAGCUAGAGCUUAUGCUGAGUUCCUCCAGCCAGCAAAGGAGCGUCCUGAGACUUCAGCAGCCCUAGCCAGAAGGUUAGUCAUCAGUGCCCUUGGGGUUCGAAGUAAGCAGAGCAAAACAGAACGGGAAGCUGAGCUCAAGAAACUGCAAGAAGCCCGAGAGAGAAAACGGUUGGAAGCCAAGCAACGGGAAGACAUCUGGGAAGGCAGAGACCAGUCUGCAGUUUGAACAUAAUGAAAGGGAUAAUCAGAAAAUGUUUCCAUAGUCUUCAGAUAAGAAGAUCCUUGCAGAGCUCUGUGUACAUGCAGAUAUGUAUGUUAUAGAGAAAAAGAGAUCAAGACAAGGACUGACUGGGUAUUGAAAGAAGAUAGACUCCUGUCUUCACUCCUAAAUGCAGUUCUUUGGAAUUGCCCUACUGUGGUGGGGAUAGCAGGGAGCCAUCAGCUAGGAAGAAACACAGAAGAUGUGACUUCCAAGAGUCCUCUGGACAGGGCAAGUCAUGUUAGCAUGGGUCACACUUCCAUGAUGUUUAAAACAAAUACGAAACAGAACAGAGGAUUCAAACCUGCAAUGAUGGGAGAUUUAGGCCCUGCAAAGACAGAGCAUUCCUUACUACCUGACAAAGUUGAGAGAAGCAGUGUUGGGAGCAGGGGAGGGGGCGGGUAGGGAACAGUUAGUACCAAGAGACAGAACAGUGUCUGGUGUACUUGGUAUACACAGAAGCUAUACUGCCGGUUCCAGAACUCCAAAGUUGGUGAACUGCAGCAGAUGUGGGUAUUUAGACUCCAGAGUUUGUACUGAGCUCAGUGCCUGGGGCUCUUCCAGCUGCACCACAGCCAGGGGGCAUGCCAGCUUUAUUCUUGUUAGGAAGCCAGCCUUUGGGAGCUGUGUGCCAGUUCCAGUUUAAGCAGUUAUGCUUAAGAGGGAGACAUUAAAGCCCAUUUGAUGACAUA